UCGUAUGCUAAAUAGGCAAUGGCUAUGAGGCUUUCAUAGCGUAAACUUUUGUGUUGUUUAAACAAAUGUCAAAUCAGGUUCCACUCCCAAGGAGACCUGAUAUAAGGUUUUGAUUGGUCAAGGGAACUUAAGGGUUUAUUGCCUCGUGCCAGGUAAAUCAACGCAGUUUCGUUUUGAGUCUGUAAUGUGAGGUUCAAGUCUGGCUGAAGAAAGAACGACAUCGUAAUGUGGUUUYUCUUCAAGGAUUCACACUUACGGAUAACGUUUGUGUUAGGGUUUGUUCUGAGUGGAGUUUUCAGCGGAAACGAUGACAGUGACAUCGACGAUGAGUGUAUUUGGGAAGACAGGAGUUUUCGUGGAGACAAACCACCCUCUGUAUUGAAUGCACGCACAGAAUGCUCCAAAGGGAAAAUCAUUUGGCACUAUCCUUACGGUGGUCUGCGCAUGUCUUUCCAUCCAGCACAAGUCAAAGGACCAUUCAAGCUAUGCUUCACGUUCACAUCUCAAGAUUCAGGAAUAAGCGUAUUCCAAGAGGGUUUAAAGGAUUUGACACUAUUAAAGGGAAGCAAGGGUCCAAAAACUCAGAAAAACAUCUGCGUAUCUUCUUCCAAAAAGGACAUGGUUUUGUACAUCGAAGCAUCGGAGAAAGAUGAACCCAUGAUGAACAUGGAUUUUUCCGUACUUCCUUUAAAGAAAAAACACCAUCACAAGUCAAAAGCGUGCAGACCCUGUCGAUAUGAUAAACUUAUCAAGUUGAUUUGCAAGAGUGACUUUGCGAUUCGCGGCUACGUCAACUCAUCAUUUGUAAUUCCCAACACACACUUCAUCCAAGCCGAUUUUAUUGCUCAAGACCUCAUUCAGCAAAAACAUCACAUCUUCUCCGAAUCUUCCAAAGAACAAAAGUACAGCAGAGGCCUCGUCAGGCUGCCAUCUGGGUGUUCUUGGGGAAAAGGAAAAAACAAACUACUCCUGAUAACUGGGGAUAUCCAAUCAGGGAAAGGCGCAGUGAUGACGUGUUAUACACGUGACAAGGAAUGGCUGAAGCUAAAGAAAGACUAUUUCAAGCAUCUUUGCAAUGUUUUUAAAUAGAUACAUGUUUAUAUAUAUAUAUAUAUAUUACUUGGUUACAUUAUAAAUUAAUUUAUUUAUUACGUAAAAAAUAGUUGAAUCAAAUUCAAAAUCUAUUAUAUAUCUUAUUAUAUACAUCAUGCAUGGUUUUCAGAGAUCGAAAUUCGAUGCUCUUUAUAAGUUUGAUCAUUAUAGAAAAUCUUUUGAGAUCCAUUCAAAAUAGGUAGAUUCGCAAAACCAAUUUGGUUUCAACUUCUAUUGCGAACCAUGGCGGUGACGGUGCGGUGACGUCAAUCGCAUGGCAAAACGACUUCAACUGUAGACGAAAAGCGGUUCUAUAAAGAUUUUUCUUACAUUUUCUUUAUGACAAGAUUUUUUGUUUAAAAAUUAAAGCUCUAAUUGUUCCUGGUGGAGAUUAAAUCGUUGAAAACAUUUUCCGCUUUAUUUUUGAGGUUUUAUGGAGAGUUUGAUCAAGGAAAUACGUCACAGCUUAAAAGCUCUAUAGUCAGAAAGGUAUGCAACGAAAAAAUCAGACCAGGCCGUCAGAAAUGACUUGUUCAGUAGCAUGCAUCCUUUCCAAACAAAGUCUGUUAGGCAAUAGGAUAUAGUUAUAGUCCAGAGGAAGAAGCAGGGCUAUCCCAAGUGUCUUUGCGAGCUUAUUAUUGUUUUCUUUGGUUUCAACCGGUUUAUGUGCAUCUUUUUCUAAUGAUACUUCUGCUACUACGAAUACUAAGGUUUUCAUUUAGCAUUUCAUGAAGACAUGUUCGGCUAAUUUUUCAAAUAAAAGUAGUCAUUUGCGURUGGUGAUAUACACUCUACUCAAUUAUGAUUGAUGGAAAAUAUGUUGUAUCUUACUCACAAUGCAUUAUGGGAUAGCCAUGAUCCUUCUCUAGGUAGUCCAUCAACGUGAAUACAUUAAUAAUACCGUAAGGAAUUAACAUUUGUGUACAAUGUACAAGAUAUUCUAGUACAAAUAAGAUGAAAAAGGGGGUUUGCCGGGCAGGUAGAGUUCCUAUAAGGAGACUAUUUACUACUAAAUAGUGCAAAGUGUUGCACACUUUUAGUGUUUGUACUCUACUGAAGUAAAAAAACCUAGGUAAAAAUUCUAGCUUAAACUCUAAAUACUUAUCAAAAUAUAUUCUAUUAUCAUUAUUAUCUCAAUUAAAGCGUAGAAGUUUAUAUGAUAUUUAGGUUGAAAACUCAACUGUAUUACAUUUAUAUACAGCUAUAAUUUGAAAGACUGAACUGGCAUAAAGACCCAGGCGUUGCUCCUGACGCAUGCGAGCAAAUGAACUGAUGAAGAGCUGAUGAACCUUUGAGUAUAAUUACUGAAUAUAUUCAGAAGUUACAAGUAAAAUAAAAUUAUUGGUAAACGAAAA